AUGUGCCAAAACGAAGUUGAAGCCAAUGGCUGGACCAGCAUGCCCGCCAAUGCAGGCGCUAUCUUCGGAAGCAAGCCUUUCAUCAAUCAGCCUGGUCAUCUGUCUCUUGAAGACAUCAAAUUCCCAUUUGAUGAGCCAUCGGUCGCAAGGACUCUGCUCUACGCAAAGAAAACCUUGCAUCCCGAAACUUUCAAUCAUUCAAUGAGGGUUUACUUCUAUGGAAUGGCAAUUUCCAAGCAACAAUUCCCAAAGCAAUUCGCGAGCCUCAAUCCAGCCACUUGGGCUCUGACAUGUCUCCUUCACGAUCUCGGUACCGCCGAAGAAAGCCUCACGGCAACCCGAAUGUCCUUCGACAUCUACGGCGGCAUCAAGGCUAUCGAUGUCUUGAAGGGCCAUGGCGCGACUACAGACCAAGCCGAAGCAGCCGCCGAGGCAAUCAUCCGACACGAAGACAUGGGGGUCGACGGUACGAUCACUUAUUUCGGCCAACUCAUCCAGUUAGCAACGACCUACGACAAUACCGGUUUCCAUCCGCAUGUGAAGGAUUUCGGUGAAUUGAUCCACGAAGCGACCCGCACGGAGAUCAAUGAGGCUUAUCCGCGCAUCCAGUGGUGCCAGUUCUUUGCUGGUGUUAUUCGCAAGGAGGAGGCUAUCAAGCCCUGGUGCCAUUCGACUCAUCUUGUCAACUUUGAUCAGGAGAUUGAGGCUAACACUCUGAUGAAGCAAUGGGAGUGA